GUUUGAAGAUGGCCGACGUUUCUAAAACGAAUGAAUUUGACAAGGAAGAUAUGGAAGUAAACUCAGAAUCUGAGGAGUCUUCCAGCUCGUCUGAUGAUGCUGAUGACGGAGAUGAUGAGAUACAUAAUGAAAUUGUCAAUCUUGAGGCUGAGGUCAAACACUCUCCAUUCAUCUACAACAAGCAUAUUGAGUUGAUCAAACUCUGCUCUAAACACGGAGAGUUUGAAAAGCUUCGAGAUGCUCGGGAGAGAAUGCAUGAGACCUUUCCCCUUGAUGAAACCCUCUGGCAGGAAUGGAUUCAAGAUGAAAUCAAAUUCUUGGAUGUGAAUUCUCAAGAAGACAGAGCCAAAGUGGAAAAUCUGUUUGAGAGAUGUGUCCAGGACUACAUGUCCGUGCCAUUGUGGCUUGAAUAUGUCCAGUUCUCCAUUGGUGGUAUGGCUGCAGAGGGAGGAAUUGAGAAAGUGCGACAUGUAUUUGAAAAGGCUAUCACUGCAGUUGGAAUCCAUGCCAGCAAAGGUUCCAAUAUCUGGGAGGCGUAUAGAGAGUUUGAGAAUGCUGUUCUUGCAGGACUUCAGCCUGAACUGGGUGGUAUUCCAUCUAAAGCUCAACAGGAAGAAGUGGAUACUCAGAUCAACAGGAUUACUGCCAUCUUUAAGAGACAGCUACAGAUUCCAUUGUUUGAUAUGGAGCAGACAUAUGAAGAGUACAAGGAAUGGGCCGAAGAGGAAGAUAAACAUUUAGAGGAGGUGUAUAAAAGAAAGAAGGAAAAGCUGAAGGCAUUAGUUCCAUAUGAGAAUGAAUUGUUGAAGGGUGGUAGUAAGCCGAGUUAUGAAGGAUACUUAUCGUAUAUUGAUUAUGAAUUAUCAGAGAAGGAACCAGCUCGGAUCCAGAACAUCUUUGAGAGAGCUAUCAAAGACCACUGUCUUCAGCCAGACCUCUGGGUCAGAUACUUAAAAUAUUUGGAUGAGCACAUUAAGAUCAAGUCGAUCAUCAUGCCGCUGUACGAACGUGCCGUCAGAAACUGCCCAUGGUCGGUGGAGAUUUGGUCCAGAUAUAUCAGAGUCAUGGAGCGACAUCACGAACCUCAUAAAGUGAUUGUUGCCUUAUUUGACAAAGCCUUGAACUCGGCUGGUUUCACUCAGGGCUCAGAUUUCCUCCAGAUUUGGAUGGCUUACCUUGAUUACCUGCGGCGACGGGUCGACUGGCAAGGUGACCAUGACGAAUCACUGCAACUCCUCAGGAAAACUUUCCCUUUGGCUAUCGAUCAUGUGCUAUCAUUGGAUGGAGGUUUAGCAGACCCCACAGCUUCUCUCCAAAGAUUCUGGGCCAGUAUUGAAGCCAGGCACUGUAAAGAUAUGGUGAAAGCACGAGAAAUUUGGCAUGAAAUUAUGGCACAGGGGCAUGCUACUCAAUCACAGACAUGGAUCGAAUUCUUGAACUUAGAAAGGGCGCAUGGUGAUGCACAACACUGUCGUAAAAUCUUAGGGCGCGCCAUCAACUCGGUAACAGACUGGCCAGAGACAAUGUGUGAGGUGUACAUCAACUAUGAGAGGGAAGAAGGUACCCUCGAGGAUUAUGACAUGGCAGUUAGUAAAGUCGAAGCCCGACUCAAACAUAUUAAUGAGCGUAGAGCAAAGGAGGCUGAAAAAGAAGCGUUAGCGAUGCUGAGUAAGAGACCGGAUAAAAAGGCAGGAAAGAAAGGGCAGCCUCAGUCAAAGGCUGGCGGAAAGCAGCAGGGAACAGGGCCGAAUGGAGAUAUGAAGAAUGCUCCAAUGGGUUUAAAAAGAAAGCGAGAGGAUAAUGGGACCGGGAUGGGGGAGAAUUUCAAAGUACCGUCUGCCCCAUCUGGCAACAGUGACGCUUUCAAGCCUCCAGCACCUGUUAAGGCUAAGGGUGCACCUCCCCCUGGCUUCAAGGGACCUCCUCCUCCAGGCUAUCAACCAAAGAUGGAGACAGAUGAACCUCCACAGAAGAAAGCCAAAGAGGAGGCAGAGCCCGAGUCUGGUGGUUACCAACAUGAUGCUGCCAAGGAUCUCGUCACUGUGUUUGUCAGCAACAUACUCUUCCGUAUUCAUGAAGACAUGUUAAAGGAGGUGUUUUCUCCCUGUGGUGACAUAGCAGAGGUACGCCUGGUCAAGUCUGUGAAAGGCAUGUCGAAGGGUUAUGCUUAUGUUGAGUUCACGUCACAAGCUGCAGCAAGCAAAGCCUUGACACUAGACAGACAGCCAGUCGAGGGGAGACCCAUGUAUGUUUCUCCUUGUAGUGAGAAGAGGUCAAAGGAUUUCAGGUUUUCCACAGACCUUGAAAAAAAUAAACUAUUUGUCAAGAAUCUUCCGUAUACCUGCACAAGGGAAGCACUCGAGACCAUAUUUGGCCAGCACGGCAAGGUAAAGCAUGUGCGUAUGGUCACGUACAAGAACGGAGCACCAAAAGGUCUUGCCUAUGUCGAGUUUGAGACGGAGCAGGAGGCGAGCGCAGCAGUCAUGAAAACGGAUGGAUUACUGGUCGGUGAACACGAGAUAUCAGUGGCAAUCAGUCAGCCUCCACCACGGAGGGCACCACAGGGCCAGAAGGUGGAGACAUCUUAUACACCAACGUUGGGUGGUGGAAAGAGGGAGACUGCGGGCAGAGGCAAGUCACAUACAGUUGUUUCCCUUUUACCAAGAGCAUUACAGAAAAAGCAAGAACCUGCCAAACCAAGAAUGAGAACAGAGCCUGCCGAGCAGAAAAUGGAGCAAGAUCCUGUUGAACCUAAAGACGAACGUCAGACACCUGCAACAAAAAUGAGCAAUGCCGAUUUCAGGAACUUGUUGUUAAAGAAAUAAACAUUCUGUGGUGAAAUACAUUCAAACUUCCCAUUGAGAUUGAAUCAAAUAGUCAGGCCAAGGUCAUGGGUUUGGUUAAUGGCGGCCAUUUGCAUUGACUUGAGGGCACUUGGGAGUGUGGUUGCUCUAAAGUCAGUUUGUCAUGUUUGUGGUAACUUGGGGCAGUAGGAUCGCCUCCAUACUCGACUAACAUUUGGUGGUUUUAUUUUCUCAGUUAUGUUUUGUUGGACGACAGAAUAUCUUCAUGCCAAAUGAGUCAUUUUUGUUAAUGAGGGACAAGUCUUCAAGAAAAGACUGAAAUAUUUUUAUCCACAAAUGUGCUUUGUUGUAGCUGAUACAAUUAUGCCAAUUGGAAGUCAUUAGAAAGGGUGAAGUAUUGAUUACUUGUGCUAUACCGAAAGUGUUCUAGACUUUUUUAUGUGCUUUCUGAUUUGGGCUAGGUUGUCAGGUUGGCUUGAACCGAGUUGGCUGAGGCACUCGGCCUCAUGUCUAAUAAUUGUAUGAAAUGUGCAAAAUCAUGUCCAGAUAUCAAUAAAU